AUGUGGCCAAAGGCAAGUCAUCCCUGCUUCUGGAUCCCAGGUGUCGCGUUUAGUCCGUUUGAAGAUCCUGCAGUGGAACAGGCGCGGCUGAAGGACAAGCUGUCCACUGGUCUUGUGCAAGAAAUCUGGCUGCAGAUCGGUUCCGAUCUCGCUGCGUUGCGAACUGGCCUAGAAUUCUUGAAGACCUCCGCGCCCGAUGUUGCAAUCUACGGCUCUGUGUUCGUUCCGUCAGAGCAACUGUUGAGAAGGUUUCGCGAGCGUCCUUGGCAAGGUGUUGAUCUCACUCCGAACAAUUAUCUCGAGUCGCUCCAGAAUGCAGAAGCAGUGACCAAGCAGAUCUUGCAGCUAUAUUCGGAAUUCGGUGUGCUGCCUCUCGUGGAAAGUCCCGUGGAGAGUCCUUCUGUUCUGCGGAACAUGGUAUCCAUGCUCCAAGAGCGCACUGGCAACGCUCAAGCAGACCAGAAUCUUACUUGUUGA